AUGAUUAUUAUUUUGACUAGCAUAAUUUUGCUGUUCAGUUUAAUCAGCAAAUAAGUAUCUUAAACUUUAAUGGAAUCAUCAGAGAUAAUAUUUGAUUUAAAUUCAAAAAAACGAUAGAAUUUAGCUAAACAGAGCUUAGAAUUAUUUUGGGUUAUUUUUAUUCAUUCUUGUAAUAAUUAUUUAUAUUAUGAAGUAUCAUAGCCCAUAAUUUCAUUGCAUCGCCUUUAUAACUUUUAUGAGCAUCAAAAAAUCUUAUCUGUGAAAUCAAAUCAAAAAGAAGAAAGUUGUUACAAUCAAACAUUAAAUUAAGUAAGUAAUUAUUGCAAUCAACUAGAUUCAAAUGGCUUGCUUUUGUUAUCUAAAUCAUUCAAUUAUUGAUUCAAAAUUAGAUGAGUAAAUAAUACCCCUUUAAACCUUAUUAUAAUUUCAAACUGCUUUACCUACUUAAAUGUUUGGGGUUGAGUAAUAUAUGGGGUUUUUUGAUUAUUCAUUAUAGCACCUCUAUAAUUAUCCUUGUUUAGAAUUCGAUAACUACACUUCUUAUGAUCCUAAGACAAGACCUUGGUAUAUUGAGGCUUAAAAAGCAUAUAACUUAAGCAAUUUUUAAUAAUACUCUUUAAGAUUGACUGGACAUUAUCUAAGUAUAAAAUAGAUUAAUAUUAAGCUAUCCCUUUUAAUGAUGUUAGAUUCUCUAUUGCAUUACCACUCAUCAAUUAUAAUAAAAGUAUGAUCGGGGCUUUAAGAGUUCACAUAUAAUCUAAAAUUCUUUAAGAUUUAAUAAACAAUGAAUAAAGAGAAACUAAUUUAAUUUUAACUACGAAUGAUGGUAUGCUAUUAGUUAAUAAUUUACUCAAUAAUUCUGAUUUUGAAUUGGGUAAAGAUUAUUUUUAUAAUCAAACCAAAACCGGUUUUAAUUUAGAAGAUUGGGAAUCAUUAAUUUAUAAAAAUUAGAGUAAUUGUGAACAUAUUGAUGUUGGAUUUAUCUGUAGAUAAAAUAAAAUUGAUUAAUAAGAUUAUUAUAUGUUACAUACUUCCUUGGAACAAUAUAAUUUAAAGAUUAUUUUGUAAAAUUAUUUUAUUAAUCUUUAGAUACUAAACUAAAUAUAAAUACGAAUAAUACAUCUAAAAUCACUAGAUAAAGAUGAAAGCUUAAAUUAAUGAAGGAUUAAUACAAGCUAUAUUAUUUUUAAUAAUUGUAGCUGUUGUAACUUCAUUCCUUUCUUCCUUUUUCUUAAGGUUAAUGAUUAAACCAUUAUAAUAAAUUGCAAGAAUAUUUCGAGUAACUUAGCAUUCUUCAUCAAAAUCUAUUACAUAGAGAUUUAAAAAGUUUAACAUAUCAGAUAACUAUGCUGGAAUCUUUAAAAAACCUAGUUGUUGGAUAUCUAAAGAUGUAUUUUUAUUUUGUUAGUGCAUUUAACAAUUUAUAUCUAAUUUUUCAUCAGUUCAAAAAAAAUCAAAUAUUAUUUAUGAAUAUAUAGAUUCAAUCAAAUAUCCAAAAAAAGAUGCAGAUUAAACUGAAUUUAUAGAUCAAUUUUAAGAAUAAAUGCUUAUUAAUAACUUUUAGAGAAUAGAAAUCAAUUAAUCAUAACUAACAAAUAUAAUAAGAACCAGUAUAAAAUGUUUUUAUAGAAAAAAAUGUUGA